AUGCAAAAAACAGAAGAAAAUUUAUUAACACUUAUUAAAAUAGUUGAGGAUUUUAGUACGAAAUGCACAAUCUAUAAGAACAAAUGUAUUUCUAAUUUAAUGUUUUCAAAUAAUGUAUAUACAAAAAAUUCAAAUGAUAAAAAUGACAGAGAAGAAUUUUUAAAAACUUUUAAUGAUUUUUUAAGAAAACUUAAUAUUUUGCAUCAUCACUUUUCAGAAGACAAUAAUACAGGUGAAAAUGACCAAAGUAUAGAUAUAAUAUAUAAUAAAGAUAAAAACAUAAAUUGUAUAAAUAAUGAUGAAAAUAAAGACAUAAGUAAUACAGAAAGUUCUUUUGAAAGAAGUUUAAAUAAUGAAAAAGAUAUGAAGAUAGACCUGAAAAAAAAGAUUAAAGAAGAGGAAGAAAAAAAAAAAACAAAGUGCAUAGUUGAAGAAAUAAAAUUAGUAAAUGGUUUAAAUAGGAAUGAUUUAUCAAAAAAUGAUAAAAAAUAUAGUCUAAGUAUGUAUGAAGGAUAUCAUACUGAUUCAAAUACUGAAUCUUCUUUAACUAAUACAGAAAUAAGUAUUGAAAAUGAAGACAUACUUAAUAAAAGAAAUAAUAUCUUAAUAAAAUAUGUCAUAGAUUUAGAUUAUGCACUAAAUGUUAGGAGAAUAUCAAAGGAAAAUUUAAUAGAAGAAAUUAAAGAAUUUUAUACUAUUCAUAAUAGUAAUAUAAAAUUAAAUGAUUAUUCAAAGUAUUUAAGUUAUGAUAUCAUCAAUAAAUUAAAAAAAAAAAUUGAUAAAGAUAAUUUUAAUCUUAUUAAUAAGCACGGAAACCCUUUUAAAAAUAACAAAUUUUUUUUUAAUGUUCCUAAUAAUUACUUUUUUACUAAGAGUUACAAUGAAAAAAACAAGGAUAUUUUAUAUACAUCUAACAAUACAAAUUAUGAAAAAAGUUUAAAAGGUGUAAAUGUAUAUUCACUAUCUUACAAUUCAUCUACAGUUAAUGGAAAUAAUUACAAUUUUUGCACAAAUAACGUAUUAAGUAGAAAUAAUUCUAAUAAUAAAUAUAGUUCUCCUAAUUUUGGUAUAUUAGAACGUCAACUUUCUCCUAAUUUUGGUUCAUUUGAUGAAAAUAAUAAAAAUGGAAAUUUUAGUUAUAAGGAUGAAAAUGAAUAUCACAAGUGUUCUGAUUAUGAAGAAGAAAAAUGUAGUAUAUAUUUUAAAUAUAAUUCAAACAAUGACCCAAUAGAAAAUAAUAAAGUAUUAAGUAAAUGUUCAACUACCCUAUCUUCAAAAAAUAUGAAUAUAAGUAAUUCUCCUGAUUAUAGUAGUAAUUAUAAUAAUGAAGAUGAACUAACUAAUAAUUUGAAUGAUAAAACAGAAUUAGAAGAUGAGAAUACAUAUGAAAUAAAUAACAUAGAAAACAAAAAAAAUAAUUUAAGUAGUAAUACAAGCGAUUUUUAUCAAAGCAUAAGUGAUUUUUACAAAAAUAAAGAAAACUACAAUUGUGAUGAAAAUAAUCAUACAUAUAUUCGAAAUAAUUCUCUUUUUUUGAAUAGUAAUGAAACAGAGGUAAAUACAAAUAAUAAAAGUUGUCAUCAAAAUAGAGAAAAUAUUAUUAAUUUAUGCUUUGAUGAUGAAUUAUCCAAUGCGAUAACCUUAAAUAAUGACUCCUUUACAAAUCAAGAUAAAAAAAAUUGUUAUCAUUCUGAAAAAAAUGGCCAUAUAAGCAAUUAUAAAAUAGAUUGUAACGGUAUAAAUUUAUAUAAUGAAGAAAAAGAAAUAAAUAUAGGAAAAUUAAUGGAAUAUGAAAAAGAUGAAAGUAGAUGGUUUGAUGAAUAUUGUAAUGGAGAUUAUAAUUUAUUUAGAUCAAAGCAAUUGAAAAAAAAGAAGGAAGUAAUGCUUCAUUAUUUAGAUAAUAUGUCGAAUAAUAAAAAUAAAGACGAAGAAUUAGACAAAAGCAAUAUGAAUGAAAUAGAUAGCAUUAAUCUUAAUAAAGAUUAUACUAAUUAUGAUAAUACUUAUAAUGUAAUUAAUCUAAAAGUUAUGUAUGAAAAUAACAAAGGAGAAUUUGGUUCUAAUGAGGAAAUAAACUUUUUUCCUAGUCAAAUUAUUUUAAAUAAGUAUCAAGUAGUAAAAAUUUUAUCUAAAACUAAAUUUAGCACUACACUAAAAUGCUUGAAUUUACUUUAUAAAAAAGAUAGAAAACAUAAAAAAACUCAUCCUGUAACUACUGUUAUAAAUGAUAAAGAAAGUAUACAUAGAUAUAAUGAUGAAAAUAUGUCAAUAUCAUUAAAUAAUUUAAGAAAUGAAAAAAAUAUAUUAAGUUCAAAUGAAUGUAAUAGAAAGAAAAAUUGUGAUUCAAAAUAUUUUCUUAGAAAAAAUAAAGAAAAGGAUUAUAAAUAUGUAUGUUUAAAAGUAAUGAAAAAUGGAAAAAGUUUCUUAGAUCAAGGAUUGUUCGAAUUAAUUGUUUUAAAUAUGUUGUGUGAUGAAGAUAACAUAAAUGCUAAUAACAAUGACAAAUUAACUAAUAAAAAUAUUAUACAACUAUAUGAUUAUUUUUAUUUUAAAGAACAUUUAAUAAUUGUAACUGAAUAUAUGCAAAGUGAUCUAUAUAACUAUUUUAUUAAAAAGGGAAAACUAGGAACUAUCGGUCAAUUACAAGUAUUGGCAAAAAAUUUGCUAGAAGGAUUAGCUUAUGUUCAUUCUAAAAAUUUAAUACAUUGCGAUAUAAAACCUGAAAAUAUUAUGAUAAAUAUGAAAAAAAAAAAAAAUGCAAAACAACGAAAAAAAAAGAGUAACGAGAAUAUUACUAACGAAAAGGAAGGAAAUUAUUACAAUUCAAAAAAUUUCAGAGUUUUAAAAAUAACGAAAAAUGAUAAUUCAGAACAUGAUUUACAUAACGAUAAAAAUAAUCAGGAUAAUUUUAUACCUAGCUUAAAUAAGAAUAAUUUAGAUAUUCAUAAUACAGAUUUCAAAAAUCCUAAUAAUGAUUUAAAUAAAUAUUAUAUUAAUUCGAAUGAAUUUAGUAAUUGCUCAAAUAAAUUUAUUAAUGAUUUAUACAAUCUUAGAGAAAAUUCAAAAAACUCUAAUAACUCGCACAUUUUUAGCGAUGAAAAAUUUGAUAAAAUUAAAAUAAUUGAUUUUAAUAGUGCUAUAUAUGAAAGUGACAAAUUAGAAAUGUAUGUUCAGACAAGAUCCUACAGAUCACCUGAAGUACUAUUACAGCAAAAUUACGACAGAAAAAUUGAUAUAUGGAGUCUUGGUUGCGUACUAUUUGAAUUUUUAACAAAAAAAAUAUUAUUUGAUCAUCAAAAUAUAUAUCGUUUUAUAUAUUCUAUAGUUUCAUACAUUGGAUAUUUUCCAUUCUAUAUGAUUUAUGAAUGUAAAAUACCUUAUAUUUUUACAAAACAUGGCUUAAUGAUUCUUAAAAAAAUUAUUAUUGAUAAAAAUUAUGAGAAUUAUGUUAAGGAAAAACAAAUUGAUGAAAUUUAUGAUCAAGAAGUAAUUUUUAAUUCAAAAGAUUUUUUUCGUUUAAACAAAAAAGAAGAUUUUGAAAAUGAAUUAUUAGAAAUAGAACAACAAAAUAAUGAUGGUUCAUCCAACCAAGGGAAUCAAGAAAUAUAUUAUGACGUUUGUUAUCCAUGUGAGAAUUUUUUAAAAGACAAUUUUCAUGUUGGUGAUUUAUUAUUUAUAGAUUUCCUUUUAUCAUUAUUACAAAUCGAUCCAUGCAAGAGACUUGAUUCAAUUCAAGCAUUGAAACAUCCUUGGCUUACACCCAAUAUAUAUGAAGAUGGUUUAUAA